UCAAGCUGAGACGUCUGCCACUCGUUUUUGACUUCACAGUCUAUGUACUCAUUGGUUUCGUUCUUUUCCUUAUUCAUUUACUUUUCAUUCAUCUAUUGACUCACUCCUUCAUCCAUUGCUCUUAUUUCUAUCAUCUGAUUCAAUUACUCGUAUACCCUAAUUCAUCACACUUUCCUUGAUCAAUGCAUUCAUUUCACCUUCUUUUGUGAUCUCUCUUUCACAUUGUCAAAAUCAACAUCUCUUCAAAGUUUGGCUGGAUUGUGGUUCCCCAGAAGCCUCCUACCAAUCUCACAAAUCUUGCAUCAUGUGGCGAGGGAUACCCUUGCUUUUCCUCUUUGGAGUUAUACCCCGUGUGCUGGGAGAUACGUACUGCAGUGCUGAUGUACCUUGCGAGAUUGGGUGCUGUGGCAAGUACAAUGUCUGUGGUAUGGGCCCUGAUUAUUGCGGUGCAGAGUGCAACCCAGGGAGCUGGCCUAGUGAGUACGUCAAUGCCACAACCUGUCCACUCAAUGAGUUCUGCGGUAACAAGACUGUCACUGCGCCUUCAUGUGACGCCAUUUCACACUCUAUUACCCGGGUUAUUGCUUGUGACGGCAUGGCACCAUUUGCCUUUCCUCAGGGCGUCUUUUCACACAUCUACUUCGCCUUUGGCAGUAUCGACCCGGAUACGUUUGAAGUAAUCCCUGCGGAAGCUGGCGAUGACAACUCCCCGACAGCUACUACAUUUUCCGAUCUCGUGGCUGCUGACUCUGGUCAGCAGAAUGCCUUCUUUAGCUCCUUGAUCAACUUUAUGAGUAGUUUUGGAUUCAGUGGAGUGGAUAUUGACUGGGAAUAUCCUGUCGCUGCCGACCGCAACGGCCGUCCCGGGGACUACAACAAUUAUUCCAAGUUUCUGGCCAAUCUGAAAAAGGCACUGCAAACUUAUAAAUACGGCCUUUCCAUCACGCUCCCGACGAGCUACUGGUAUCUACAGCACUUUGAUAUAACGUCCAUUGAGCCCUCGGUCGACUGGUUCAACUUUAUGAGCUAUGACUUGCACGGUACCUGGGAUAUUGGAGACCAGUGGACCGAGAUCAAGACUGCGCUGGAUCUACUUUGGCGGAACAAUAUCUCACCAUCUAAGGUUAACAUGGGUAUGGCCUUCUAUGGUCGCACCUUCACUCUCGUCGACCCUUCAUGUUCCGAGCCAGGGUGUGCGUAUGCGUCCGCGGGGGACGCCGGCACGUGCAGUAACUCGGCCGGGAUUUUGUUUGGCAGUGAGAUAAUGGAUAUCAUCCAGGAGAAUGAUCUCACCCCGACAUUGUACAAGGAUGCUGCGUGGGCCUCGUAUGACGACGAAGACACGUGGAAAUUGAAAGCCGAGUUCGCCAAAUCCGAAUGUCUAGGAGGGGUUCUCGUGUGCUUUUCCCUAGGGCUGGCUGCCGCUUUGGGGAAUCCGCCCUUAGUCUCGGAGGAGGUCUCGCCCCUUCUUGGCAGUUCCAACAGUCAAGACCAAUACUGUCGCUUCAUCAAUUGCGGUGAGGUAUGUCCUAGUGGUUUCAAGGAGGUCCCUCGUGCAGAUAAGUCCGGCCAGCUUAUGCUGGAUUCCACCGAGUGUCGAUCCUGGACGGGUCAGACCCAGACGCUAUGUUGUCCGAGCACGGAAGAAAUGCCAACAUGUCAGUGGCGAGGCUUCCAUAAUAGCGGGAAAUGCAAGGGAGGGUGCUGCCAUUCCGGCUAUCAAUCCGCAUGCUGCACGGUGACCUCAUCCACCAAGCCCUGGUCCCAAUGUGCGUGGACCGAGUCUUGUGAGAGCGACGAAACCUGUCCUUCGGGCUACAACCAAUUUGUUUCCUGCGGUUCCAAAAAGCACUACAACUACUGCUGCUCAGGCGCGGUCCCGGACGCGUUUACCAAUUGCGCCUGGACCGGGCAUGUGGUGGAGUUUACAAAUACCGAGUAUUGCACCGACGCCUGUCCUUCGGGGUCUAUUCGCAUUGCCGAAGAGUCUAUCAAUGUGGUUUUUGGAGCUCAGGACACGGCACAGACCGCGAAUUGCUUGUAUGGCAAUGAGGCAUACUGCUGCGCCGGUACUACUCACACUCUCGUUCCGCGAUACGACAACCCACUCGAAGAUCACACGCUCACCGAAUUCUAUGCAUACCUUGACAGAUUUCUUGCUCACCCGGUUUGCCCGCCUGACUGGGAUCCUGAGUAUGACGCAGGCCUGGGUUUCAUAAUAACCAGAGAUACAAGCUCCAGCAACCCAAAAAGUAUCACCAAGAACCAGGCCCUGGUGCUCUCCAAUCUUCUUGUACUGCUCCAGACCUGGCUCACGUCAUCCUCUCCUUCCCAGCGGUUCGCCGAUGUCUGGAAAGAACUUACCGCGCGCUAUGGAUACGCAGAGCAAGCCGCAAAUGUGACGCUCUUGACGGGUGCAGUCAAUACAGUAGCUGCAGGGAAUGCCUUCACCGGUUCCGCCGAUUAUGAGGUCAGGACCCUGCUGGCACAAACGCUGUGUGACAUUGCGGAGUCUGCCAAUGGACUGGAAAGUUUGAGUGCGGCAUCGGACGCUCUGUGCGAAAUGCCCACGGGAGUGUCCUCGUCCACGUCCACUCUAAUGAGGCGCGCAAUAGAUGGGGUGAGUAUGGAUAGCAGGUCCGCCAAUGGCGACUUGCCUACAGUGAUGGCUAUCAUCAAAGGCAUUUUGGCGGGCGAUCUAUCCUUCCACUAUGGGCGUUGGUUACGGUCUGACCCAACCAACGCGGGUGAGCCCCAAGUCAAUCUGGAGCUUGCAUUCUGGAUUGGCCCUACGGUCGGUGAGGCGCCGAGCGCCACGUUGCGUGCCCAGUACGCCGAUUCUACUCACCUGGUUGAAACAGACCGGUGGUUUAUAUUCCAUCUGCACAUUGUCCGCGAUGCAGAGACAUUUUACCACGGAGGGAGCGGGCAGCCGCAUUUUUAUCCAGGUGUGACCGCCAUGGGUGUGUAUCAGAGCCAAACCCUCCACCAAUUCUCUGCUCGGAAUGUUGACCCACGCGCCGAGUUUUUUUUCACAUCGAACUACGCUCAAGGGAGGUUUAACACUGGACAGCUACGAGAUUACAAUGCCCGUACUCAAACGCUCUUGUGUGAGAGCCAAAACCGCUGGUAUAUAGGUCGGGAUCAAGAAUAUGCUGUCGCGAGCCUCAGAUCCGAGGGGCGUCCGGCCGAGUAUAGCGCAGCGUUGAAUCAAUUCGGUCUCUGGCUAUUUGACCAGGGGAUUCUUUCCAACGGGAACUUCCAGCUUCUGUGGCCGAACGCCUACUAUGGGGCUCCUGAAGGAUUCACUAAUGACCAUGCGGCUCACGAGCCACACUCAGACCUUGAGGAUGAUUACGAUGCUGGAGGUAGAGAUUUUCUAGAUGAGAUUAUCAGACAAAACGACGUACUCGGUCUGCUCAGAUACUACGAACAAGCAAAAGAGCGCGGCGAGGAUAUUUUCAGCCGGGUACAAGUAAGCCUUUACGGCUACUACCCGUUGCCGCCAUUCUAUUCCGCGGCUUACCAUGGAAGUCUUGACACUUUACGCGCCCUGAUAGACAUUUAUCAGUCCGAUGCCACGCAUUCUCAACAGCCGCUGGAGAAAUAUCUGCAGAGACUUGAUUUUCGAAUGCUCAAUCUCGCCUGCGGUAACGCCGAUCUGAAAAUGACACGGUUCCUGCUCGACCAUCAGCCACCCCUGGGCGCGUGGCGGGAUCGGGACGCCAAGGGGGCGGCACCGCUGAUCUGCGCCGCACAAGCCUUUCCCGGUAAUGUGGAAGCUUUGAAGAGAAAGAUGAAGGAGACAAGUCCCGCGAUGAUCCGGGAGAAGUUGCGAGAGCACCACGCUCGCUAUGGCGAGUUUAUCGAGUUCUGUUUGGCCGGUGGUGCUUCGGUCCGCGAGGCGGAUCAAUACAUGUUUCCCUAUCAACUCGGAUGGCAAGCCCAGCCUGGCGACCAGCAGAUACUGGGGGACACUGUGCUGGGCAAUGUGGUAACCCACGCCAGCUAUGCAAUGGUGUCCCGCUUGAUCGCGGCAGGCUCCGAUGCGCAUGUUGUGCAGACGUGGUACGAUCCCUGUGCCUUUGGCGGUGCCUUUCGGUGCGCCGGGGUCACGCCACUGCAUAUUGCCAGCAAAUACUGGAAUCUGGACGCGAUGCAAGCGCUACUAGACCACGGGGGUCGGACCGGACUGGCCGAGAUGGUUUUGAGAAGGGAUGACCACGGACGGCCACCACUCCAUUGGGCGUUAAUGGGUGAUAAGAACGAAAUAGCCACCUUGACUCCUUCGGAAGUGACCUCGCGCCUGUUGCGCACUGUGAAACUGCUUCUUGACAUGGGGCCUGCAAUGGUCAAUGUGAAGGAUCAAGCAAACAAGACAGUGCUGCACUAUGCGCUGCUUGAUCUUCUAAUUGUGCAUGGGGCAGAUCCGAGCAUGUGCGAUGAGUCUAGUCGAACCAUGUUGUACAGAUUGGCCAUGAGAGACAGCAGUAUCAGGCUAAUUGAUGCUGAGACCUUGGAGAAAAUCCUGACACUGGUCAACAUCAACAAUUCAGAUGUGAACGGCGAUACCGUACUGCACUAUAUUUCCAGGAGACUUCCUCAAACCCACGCAGUCCGCAUACUGCUCAGCCGGGGUGCCAACGUCAAUGCAGUCAACAAGAUGGGAAAUACCCCGCUACAUAUGGCUGCUGGCGCGAGUGUCUUUCCGAAGUGGCGACCAAUGAAUAACAGUGAACACGCAGGAACUCCGCUUGAAGAAGGGUUUAAGGCGCUUGAGAAGAUGAUCGACAUUCUUCAGGGCGCUGGGGCAUCCAUGGAUCAAGCCAACUUUGCAGGAGAAACACCGCGUGAAAUAUUAAAAGAGACCAGAGAACGGUGGGCAUUGAAAGACUUCAGGCCUCGCUGGAGAUAGCUAUUGCCUCAGACUAAAUAGUGAAAAAACCAUAUUUCCGAAAUAAACAAUCAUGAUGUCGAAACCAGAAAUAGAAGAGUGAGAGUGGAGAAG